UUUUAAGGGAAGAAACUAGUCGGCAGACAACUUGCUGGCUAUCCUUACUCACCCAAGAAACCAGGCUAGGCUAGGAACAUGGCUACCAAGAAGUUUAUCUUUUUCCUGGCAAUUGUUUUUCUAGCCUCUGGCUGGCAAAAAACAGAAAGCAAGUCUUUCAAUGAAACGGCUCCCCAACCACGAAGCGGAAGCAUAGAAAAACGAUCCGUAGAUCCUCUAAGUGUAAUAGGUUUGGUGGUUAGCAUGGCAUCUGCAAUUCAAGGAGUCGUUUGUACCUUUACCGAUGUUUGUGGUGGUGGAGAAGUUACUGCGCAGCUUGAUGCUCUAGAACGAAAACUUGAUGCUAUUGCAGAUGAUAUUAAAUCGAUCAAGAAGGACGUUAAAGAAAUCUGGAACGAAUCUAAGAGAAAGUGGUAUUUCAAGCAUAUUGAAUACACCAUGAACGAAAGAAGAAAGGUCAUUCGAGAGUUGAAGGAGGACGACAAAUCUGAGGUAGCAAAAGAAAGGCGCCAGCGAUUCAUCAAGGAGGUGCUUGGUGGAAGUGGAAACGAUGAAUACGUCGAAAAGGCACUCUUUCACCUUACUGGACUAGUCACUAAAGAGGAACUCGUCGAACACUACUUCAAAGCAAAGCUCGACAGCGGAUUGGCUACCCACGAAGCAGCUAAACUCACAUGGGUUUUCAUCAGGAAAUUUUUUCGAUACCAAGAAGAUGGUUAUGCUUCCGUAAUCUUUGCAGCUUCGAUGAAGUACAAAAACGACAAAACCUCUUAUGAAAAGGUAAUGUCCCAGGUUUGUACUUGGUGGACGAAAGUUCGUGAUCCUGAAUACAAGAAGUACUGUGAAAACUUUGUAAAGGACCCCUAUUCUGAAGACAGACGCAAGAAAGAAGAAGACCACAUAUUUGCAAUGAGAGACCUGUUUAUCUAUCCGGUCCAAGAAGUAAAAUCCGAGUGCACUGGUUUGGGGGAAUCAGAUGGCUUGCACUAUGCUGCCGGUUAUCUCUUCGUUUCACAGCCUGCACUGUCGAAGAUCUCGGUUGUCAAUCGUGAUAAUUUAAAGACUGUCAAAACAAUCGACCUUCCAGGAGCAGAAUGCGGGGGACAAUGCCAUCCACUGGACAUAUCUAUAAAUGCUGAUAAAAAAGUCAUGGCCGUAGCAGCUCAUAGCAAAGCAAAAGGUGGAGACAGUUACGUUUUGAUGUUCAAAAUAAAGGGUGAUUUUACAGACCCAACUGGGCUUUCCAUAGAGCACUACUACACCAUACCUCAGCUCUUCGAGCCAAAUGGAAAUAAACCCGACGUACGAGGCGUUGCCUUUUGUGGAGAUCGUUUUGCAUAUGCAGACUACAACGGUGCAAUCUAUAACUGGAAAAUGCGCUGGGGGCUUUCUGAACCAACACCAUCGUUAAACGAUCGCUAUGACUGGUACCUCCACAGCUUCUACAACAAAUAUUAUGGGAACAUCAACUACCUUGGAUGUUCGACUGGUGGAAACAACUGGGUGGUGGAAAGUAGCCGCAUAUCGAGAAGUGACCCUGCUGUAGGAGCCAUACCUUCAGAUACCGCAGCGAAGACUUCGGAUUUCAUCUUCAAAGAGAUCGCACAGAUGGUAGUCACAAAGGAAAGCUGGGAUGAGAUUAAUGACGGACGCUCCCGCAUGAGCAUUGUAAAAGGUAUAGCGAUGGAUUCUACGAAAAACAUCUUCUAUUCUGCCGACCAACUGGGACCAAAAAGCGUGGUUGGGAUCUACGAACGCACAUAUGAUGGUAAACGCCGCUUCAUUCGUGAAUGGGAUUACAAAAAGGAUUCACAGGUUAAGAUAUUUGAUAUGACAACGGAUGCGGAUGGAUUCUUGUUCGUGGUUCAAGCAGGUACCUUUGGGCACAGAUGCCUUCAUAAGUACCACUACCAAGUGGAUUUAGAGGACAUUGAGAUUAACUAGUCCACUUAUAAUAUGACUAGAUUAUUACGCGCGCUCUGAUUGGCCAAAAACCAAUGAACUAUUUCCCCAUGGGCUGCACGCUCGCGCACGCUGAUCUCAACGGACGCUCGCCUUUUUUCUCUAAAUUUUCAAACCCGAUGGCGUCAAUAGCGCGCGCACGAGUGAGAUGUGUGAUAUAACGCGCGCUCUGAUUGGCUCAAAUGCCUACGAACUAUUUGCCCAUGGAUCGCACGGUAGAUUUUUGGUCAUAUUAUAAAUCAGUUAGACGACAAAAAAGCGCUCGCCCAUGGCGAUAUAGACGCACUUGAGAAAAUAUAAAGAACUCUUAACAAGCUAGAGUGUCACUCGGCUUCGCCUCGUGCCACUCUUUCGCUUGUUAAUCGUUCUUUAUAUUUUCUCUCGUGCGUCUAUAUCGCCAUGGGCGCGCGCUUUUAUGUCGUCUAACUGAUACUUAGGGUUUCUAAGAUCAAACCAUAUCAAUAUACUGAAAAAGUAUGAAUCAAGAGAAAUAUAUCAAUAUAAGUUUAAAACGUUACAAUUAAGCAAGCAUUCUAAGUGUUUUGAUGUACCAAAAAAAUACCAAAAAAAUAAAUGCGUUAUACAUUAGGAUGUUUAAGGAUUUGUUCAUUUGAAUGCAUUUUUGUGUGAUUUAGGAAGUCAAGCAUGUUUAGGUAAGGAUAGUCCAUGGUCGAGUAUGGAAUCCCUACUGAAAGCCACACCGACUAAGGAAAGUCUUUUUGGUCAACUUGGCUCUGCAUUAGCUCAACGCACUUUUAAGUUAAAACUUAUAACUAGAUUCUAAGACUAACAAGUAUCAAUAAAACGAGCCCGGCAUUUCAGAGAUCCCUUGGAUACUGUAGCCUUACAAAUGUUUAUCGUAAAAUAUUGUAAAAACUGGAAUCAACUGAUUUAUCGACUGUAGCGCGAGGACCUAUAAAAAUCUUGAAAGAAAAAUCAUUGUUUAUUUUUUGGUGACCCAACUUAAUGUGCAAAUGAACCGUUCGACAAUACUUUCAGUACU